GACAUACCAGGACUAGUACAUUGUCGGACGCCCAAAGACAACGCAGAUAUUUUUGGUGCUUAUUCCUACGGGUUCUACAAAUAUGUAAUUAGCUGUCAAGCUAGUAGAAAUUUGUUGGCGCAAUGUGUUAACGAUUCGUCGCAUCAAAAGUUCUAUACUGCGAUCCCAAUAUAUUAAAAACAAAGGAGCUUGUCAUGUCAUGGGAGAGCAUUGAUUCUAAGGAUCUCCUUAGCAUCCCACCUAGCCAGAAUCUGUCUGCAACACAUUUACUAACAUCACCUGAUGGAUCACGUUACCUGUUGGAAAACUCAAACGAUUUAUGUCAAUUAGAUGAAAGCUUUUCCCGACUGGCGGGAUAUGGGUCCAGCCCAGACGUCCGAUCCCGAUCCCUCUGGGCCAGCCAGGGGUUGUUAAGGUCGGGCUCUGUAAUUGGUUGCUUUUUGUCGUGUCAACAAAGCCUGAAGCAGUAUAUAGCAAAACGAAAGAUCGAGCGAGGACGACGUCUGUAUGAGCAAAACAAUCAAACGGAGGCCGUACGUACAUGGCGUAGUGCGCUUAAAGGGACCUGCCAACGCGAAGACUGCUUCCAGCUUCUGGGAUACUUGUAUCAGGCUCACAUGGACUGGGGAAAAUUUCGCGAGGCUAUCGAAUUUGGUCAUCAGCAGCUUGGAAUUUCAGAGGAACUGGAUUCGCCAAAUAUGCGGGCUGAGACGUACCUUAACCUCAGCAGAGCACACGCUUGUUUGGGGGGCUUGGAGAGAUCCCUAAGUUAUGCUCGGCACUCACUUUACAAUGAGUGCGGCACGAAGUGUCGAAGUGGGCUAGUCCACUUGACUGUGGCACGAGUAUAUCUGGAAAUGGGAGGAUUCUCUAGGGCACUGGAAGGCUUACAGGGGGCUUACAAGAUCGCUACCGCUAUUGGAGAUCCAUCACUAGAGCUACAAGUGUAUGUUGCGCUGUCUGAGCUUUUUGGACGGCUUCAAGACAACGACAAGAGCGCAACGUAUGCUUCCAAGGCCUACGACCUGUCUCGUUCCCUACAACUGGGUGACCUCAACUCAUGCCACCAUAGAGCCGCGUUGUUGCGAAUGGCUGUAUCUCUGCGAAAGCAGGGCGAACUCGGAGAUGCACAAGAUUACUGUAAGGAGGCCACAAAGCUAUCGCUUAUAUCUGGGGAUCAAGCCACUUACACGAGAAGUGUUCGCGUUAUGGGUGACAUUUACCGCAAGCAAAUGGACAUGGACCGGGCAUUCCGGCAAUACGAACAGGCAAUGGGUACGUCAGCAAGCUUAGGGGAUCGUAUGGCUCAAAUGGAGGCAAUGGACGGAGCGGCCCGUUGCCUGGAAACACUGCGUCUUCAAAACAAGAUCUGCAACUGCAGACCACUGGAAUUCAACACACGACUUCUGGAAGUUGCAAGCUCCAUCGGGGCCAAGUUUCUGGUCCGCAAGAUUCGUUGUCGACUGGCACUCAUCUACCGCGCUUUGGGCGACGAGGAUCAGUACAACACACAUUUUCGUUUGGCCAAUCAGACGGACGCUGCGCUGGGCCUGAAUUGUGGCGCGUGUGGCGAGUUGUUUGGCCUUCGGCCGGAAAACUUGGAGGCUCUGCCUUGUGCGCACAUUCUCCAUGCAAGAUGUGCCUACGAAAUAUUGAGACGUCGGGACAAAAACACACCACGAUCAUGCCCCGCCUGCAACAAGUUGGUGAGCUCCCGCAUACAUCUCUGCGGCAACGCACCUGCUGAGAGCGAGAGUACCGACGGAGGCAGCGCCGUGACGGUCACCCUAAAUGCCAAUGCCCUGUCGGUUGACGGUCUCCUAGGGAUGAACUCCGACAUCCUACUCCCUUCGGUGGCGUUCUGCCACGUCAACAAACCAGCAGGGGACACCGAAAACAGCACCUUGUUGUCCCCCAAAGUCAUGUACCACAGCAACUUGUCGCUGGCCUCGCUGAGUAUGCGGGCAUCCAGCCUAACGAUCGAUAGCGGACAAAAUGCGACAUCAUCUGUUUGAAGUGAGAACGAGGACAUGUUUUGAUGGAUGUAGGCUCUGUGGCGGGGAUGGUGACAUCGAGGGUUCUUUUAAACGUCGGGACAUGGGGUCAAAGUGCAAUAUCAGGAUCGUGAUUUUAUCGCUCGUUAUUAUAGAUAGACUAUUUUGGUUUUCGAAUUCUAGAACAUUGCAUUUUAAAUGCACAGAAAAGUUAACAACAGUUUAAGUUACUACAAUCUAAGCCCUAUCGGAGCAAGUGAGAGAGCGGGCAUUUUAAAUAAGGCUUAAGCUUGAACUCUAACUAAUUACUUACCUAAAGUACCUUGCCCAACCUAAAGUAUAUAAAAGUCUUGUGUAUUGUUCAAGUUUUAAGGUUACAACAAUUUUCAGGUAAUAUUAAAAUGUUUUCUCACUAGUAAAAUGCACACACGAGAAAUGUAAAAACUAAAAUAAAUCGUUACUAUGUGUUGUUAA